UGAAGAAACAGAGUGAGAAAGAGCUAAGACAGGAGUUGCAUUGAAAGGGCUAAAUAUGAUCUUAUCUAAGAUCAGACUAAUGGGAGUGAACUAAAGCUCUCAGCUUCAGCAACUGAGAUAUGCUUACCAUGUGCAGCUCUAGCAGAUUGUCAAUGUUUGGAUAACCCUGACAACGCAGCUAAUUAGUCAUUAACUCUGCCGCUCAUUUGCACAGCUGUUUUCAAUUAGUGUCACUGCCAGAAUCUAUUUUUUGGCCGGGGCGCGGCUUAAACAAAACUUCAAGUUGUGCCAAGCAUUAGGCUGUUGGGGCACACAGCUGAGUGCUAUCGCAUCGAACAGCAACUAGAUUGCUCCACUCCGAAAUUCGCUCGAAUGAAACUAUUAAUCUGGACGUGUUUGCUGUGCCUCGCUCGCAGCCAUGUGGGUGGCAUGUUCUUCGAGCUGCCCGAGAAUGCGGCAGAGUCGGCGGAUGGCGCUGACUUUAUGGACGAGGCGCUAAAUAGCAUCAACCAAUAUUUUGGCAUUCCGGUAACAGCAACAAGUCCGAAGCCCACAGGCAGCAAUAGCCCCAAGGCAACGGCAGCCACAACAUCAUCGACAUCGACAUCGUCGGGGUUCCUCGAUGAGGUGGAAACGUCGCUGGAGCAUGCAACAAACACACUCGACGAUCUGUGGCAGCAAUUCAGAAAGGGCCUAGCUGGUCUGCUGGGCGACUUCAAUGCUGACAACACAGACAUUGAUCGGCAGAACGCAACUACGACUACGAAUGGCUUGCAGCAACUGGAAGUAACCCCAGCUGCGCUGCUUGUCGAGCUGACAUCAACGACGCACAGGCCAAUACCGGAAACAACAACAGCAGCAAUGGCAAUAACACCACCAGCACUGGCAACAGCAACAACAACCGUGCGACCUUCUACGCCGUAAACACUUCACAAACAAACAUUUUAUGUUUACUGGUAUAUUAAAUAUACGUAUACAAACAUAUUUU